AUGGGGAUGUUUCUAAUACCAGCAUCUAUAAUAAGGAAGUUGAAUCAGAUACUAAGGAAAUUUUGGUGGGGAUUCAAUGAAGACUCCUCAAAAAUUCAGUGGGUCAAUUGGAAGAAACUUAGUGGCAGGAAGGAUAUGGGAGGGCUUGGAUUUAGAGAUCUGAGAUGCUUUAAUCUUGCCUUACUCUCCAAACAGGGAUGGAGGAUCCUUCAAAAUCCAACAUCCCUAGUGGCACAAAUUUUAAAGCAAAAGUACUUCAACAAAGGUGAUUUGCUCGAAGUAAAGCUAGGGAGUGGGCUUUCCUUUGCAUGGAGAGGAAUACAUGUUGGCUUAACAUUGUUAAAGGAAGGUCUCAUAUGGAGGGUUGGAAAUGGACAAAAGAUUAAUAUUUGGCAAGACAGAUGGAUACCUUCAUUACCUGCACAAAAGAUAUUGACUCCUCGAGAAGUAGACUGCUGA